GUUUUUAAUAAACCAGGUAAUAACCUGAGUUAUUUUAUAAAUAGCAGAAAAAAUUUUCAGAACAGUGCUUAAGACUUACUCUGUACAAAGAAAGAACCAUCACUAAAUGACGGUGAUAUUAAUAUCAGUAGAAUAUAUUGAUAUUUCAAAAGAAAACCUUAUCGAGAAAUAUUCUAAAUAUUUGCAAUAUUCAUAUGAGUCUCGGUAUUGUCGGACAAAGUAUUCCAGUGAUGCAAGAGAACAAAAGACCUUUUUCCCUGUCAAAGUAAUUCGCGUAUGUUAGAUCACAUAUCUAGAUUGCCGCAUUCGGUGGACAUACUUGAGAAUCCAGAUAUGUGAGUGAUGUACAGGGAAUUUUAGGUACGGUUGCCUCCGAAUUAAUCUCUGAUAUAUAAGUCACCGGCCGAUUGUCAAAACGAACAUUCUAAAUAAUCAAAACAUCCCGGUUUGGUAAAUUUCUAAACCAGAGAAACCCACAAACCGAUCAAUCAGUAAAAUCGGUUUACUGAUUAGACCGGCACCGAUUGAACCGGUACCGAUUAGACUGGUUCAUUUUGGUUUGAGUUUUAGAAAGUCCAGAUCUGGACUUUUUUGCAGGUCAACAGCGGCUCUCUUCACGGCGGCUUUCUUCUCGACGUGGUGGAUGCCGGAUGGAUGCUGCUGUCAGAGGUGCUGUUGUCGAAGCUUCAGUUGAGGCGGGUCAGAAGUCCAGUGGAGUUGGGCAUCAGAUGUAGAAACGGGCAGCCACAGCCUUUGCACCUUCAGAUCUGGGAGUCAUAUCUGCACCCAUCAUCAUGGGUGUUGUGGUGCGGUGGUGGUGUGAGCUUGACCGGUAGGAACCGGGUUCCAGCAGAGGCGGACCAGAGUGGCAUCAGGGAGAGCAGCGACUGGACCCGUGGUGGCUUCUCUCGGAUUUGGUGCGGCUUAUCUGAUGUGGCGUCAGAUCUGAUGCGGUGGAGGAUGUGGUACGUAGGGAGCGGCGGUGGCAGCGGCGGCAGCGGCGGCAGCGGCGGCGGUGAUUGACGGUGUAUGCUGAGGAGGCCACAACAGCAGCCAGCAGUCAUGUUCAGAUAUGAGAUAGUCGGAUCUGCAACAGUCAACACUGCUGGUAGACUUCGGACCAGUUAUAGGUGGCCACCGUUUUGGGUUUCCGGCGGUGGCAGUAGAUCCGGCAACAGAAAGUCCGGGUCGCCUGAAUCUGGACUGCUUUUUCUUCUGAGUAAUGGUCAUACUGACCUUAUUCUGAAAAUACAAAAGGAAAAAUAAAAGUUUUUGGCUCCCCCAACCACCGUUAAUGGUUUAGGGGAGGAGGGAAGAUAUUCUGGUGAGUUACUUAGAGAGAAGGAGAAACUUUUAUUUUUUUUGUUAUUUGUUAGAAAAAAUAUCACCGACCAUGUACCUUAUCUCAAAGCCAAGCAUAAAUGUAGAGCAUCUAUUCUUUGAAUGUAACUUAUCUGCUGAGCUGUUUGACAAAGGUUUGCAUUGGUUGGAACUGUCUGUGGUAUCACAUAAGCAACAUGAUGAAAAUAUGGUGCAAGACCAGAUUUAAAAGAAAUGUGAUGAUUGCUGUCAUGGUUGCCAUGAUUUACCAUAUUUAAUAAAAUGUAGAGCAUGUGUUAAAGAUUAUUGGAGAAGAAGUAAAAUAGAGGACAAAAUGAAAGAAUCAUGGAGUUUCCCAUCGCAGUUCUUCUUUAAAGAAUCAUAAGUGUUCUUGUUAUUUGGAAGGCUGAGAUUGUUUCCUUUCAAGACUAGAGACAAGUUUGCUGUGAGGAGUUGGCUUUCAAAGAAGGAGAUUUCAUCUCAAUCCUCUAGGUAAAGCAAAAAAGAAGAGUCAAUUAAUCAUCAAAAUAAUGAUCAAUAAUCAAAUGAGUCAAGAGAUGGCUUUGCUGAGAAUUGGGAUGAUUCAAGUCAGAGUUCAAGUGAUGUGGUUGAAAAUACCCUAAGAACUUCAUCUGGAUAGAAUUUGAAGUAAGCUAAUCUAUCUACCUGUAUAACUA